CUUCACCUCAGAGUUUAACAGAAAACAUUUCGACACUUUUGAGAAACGAAGUUAUAUUUACGAAAUGAGGAAACACGGUUAAAGAAGAUUUUUAUCGCUGUUGGAAUCGUAACUUAAAGAUACGGUCUGUGCUAGUAGGUCCGAUUCAGUGUUUGUUGAUAAGGAGAGGAAACCAAACUGGAAAACUCAUAAGCUGAAAUACUGAGAAGCACUAAAACACCAGCUCCUAGAGUUCCACUUCACAACUUUUCCAGUGUGUUGGUGAGAAAAGUUUGGUUUCUAUGAUCUUUCUGCAGUGAGAUUGAAGACAAUGAUAAGGAGCAGCUCAGUGGGUUGAAGCAUUGAUACGUGCUGCCAUAAAACACCAAAUCUGACAGCGAUCCUCCACCAAGGGCCCGAGCUGUAACCGUGGGAACGGCGAUGGAGGUGGCGCAGCUGGAAAGCCGGAUGGACGCUAAGGAUUAUACACAUCUACAGAGCAUUUUUGUUGGCUCCCCAGGAAUACCCCGCUCCUUGUCCAGAACUGAAUUUAUUGAUCUUGCUUGGAGAUCAGCCGACCGUGGAUCCAAGCAGGAAUAUGGCCUCCUGUUCGACAGCGUGCUGGUCACUCAAAAGCACAGCAGCCUCCUCCACAGCAGAGAUGAGGUGAAGGAAGAGGGCCACAUCGACUGGGGAGCGCUGUGCUCCUUCCUGCUGGAGGAGACUUGGAGGAAACUUAACCGAACCGGAGUCAUUAGUGUGCCUCUCUGGAAACCGCCGCGCACCCUGACCUGUCCACACCGAGACUCUGUUCAGAAGGUGUUGUACCUGCAGAGUUCAGACCAGUAUCUGACUGUUAGCAAAGGAGGAAAGGUGGUGCUGUGGCAAGAAGAGGACAUGUCUCUUCUUCGCACAUGUCUCCUGAAAAACAGCACUGUUGCAUCCAGGGACCUGUGGGUCACAGAUGUGGUGCUUCUGCAAAACGUGAAAAAGAUUGCCGUGUCUUUCACAUGUGAGGAGGUUUGCUUCUAUGACAUAAGAUCCAAACAAGACUUUCCGUGCAAGUAUAAACUUCAGGGUUUGAGGUUUGCCCCCUGGUGUCUGGACUACUGGGUGGAUCCCUGUGAUGCUGACCAGGCUGUCCUGACCAUAGGGGACACUGGAGGACAGGUCAGUGCAUUGCAUUUCACCUCAGCUCAAACCUCCCUGUUUGAGAGCCGCAGUCUGCAGUUGGACUCUUACUCAGCAAAAAUGGUUCCCUGGGAUCAGCUUGUCAAAGGCAGACAUUCCUGCUGUCGCAUCGAGACUCACAAAGCCCACGCGCCCGCCUGGGUCAGAAAAGUGCGUUACCUGGCUUCCCUCAGGGCUUUCGUGUCGUGCUGCACCAGACCGCAGAGCAGCAUGGUGAUUGGUUGGAGAGACGAGGACGGUGGAAAGAUGCGUGUUACAACAUACGUUACGCAAAGAGGUGUGAGGGACAUAGAUUACCUCUGUGAACGGAAUCUGAUAGCUACAGCAGGUUUGGAUGACCAGGUCUUACUGUGGAACCCGUAUGUGACCUCUGAGCCGGUAUGUGCUCUUGCUGGACACACGAAUGCUGUAACUGCAGUCCGCUUCAUGCAGACAAAGGAUCAGCUGCUCAGCUACUCCAAAGACAAGGUCCUGUGUCUGUGGGACGUGUCCAGCAGGCUGUGUGUGCAGCGCCUAGCCGGUGUGUUUCCAAAGGUGCAGGAGGACACGCACACAGUCCUGUUUCUCAGAGAAGAGCGCCAGCACCUCCUCCUUUCGUUCAACAGCCGUCUCCUCCUGCUGGAGAGCACCAAGGAGGAGAAGAAGAGGAGCAUCAGCCACGGACACACUGAAUUCUGUGCUGCAUAAAAGUCAGUUUAGACACGUAUGCAGGUCAGCAGCAGGUCUUUCUCCUCUGUGAUCCACUGGCAGGCUCAGGCAGGUCCAAAGCACAAACUGUUAGAAGGUUACCACGGCAACGCAGCGGUGGAGCUGUUUACUGCAGCACAAAGCGGAGGGAGAAGAAACCACUAAAUAAAAUACUUCAAAUAGAU